CAUCACUUUAUUUUGUGUUUGUCAGAGUUGGACAUUGUUUUUUAUUUUUCGGGAAAAUUAGCGUCUGUGUUCAAAAUUUAAUUCGGAAGUAAUUCGUUGCGAGCGUCGAAAUGGCGAAGAGGAGGACCAGGGCUAUGAGUUUGUCCCUGGACUGGGAUAACAUGGUUAAAGACGACGACGCCGACAAAGAUUCUAAAAUGAAUUUAGCAGGGCUUAUAGCGUAUGACAGGAAUACGGUGGACUUUUGUACGGGAAGCUCAUAUACAGGGAAAUGGAACAGGCUGGGGAUGGCCGUCUACGGAAAUUACACUUUCCCAUACGGGGUCGACUACGAAGGCGGCUUCGAAGACGGCAUGUUCCACGGAGAAGGUACUUUAAUAUACCCCAUGGGCCAAAAACUAGACGGCAUCUGGGAAAAGGGCCGAAUGGUGGACUACAAAUUCUCAAACGUUGACGGCUUGGAUUACGAAGACAAAUGGAAAUACUGCAUGAUGCCAGACAGAAGGUUUAACGUGAGUAUACGCGAAGGUCUUCAACCGGCUGGAAGAGAAUUCAUGACGAACCAACAACCCGAAAGACAAAUUGAACCCGGUUGUUACGACACUGGAGACGGGUUUUACAAUCCCCUUACAAGAAGCGUCAUUCUAUCUCGCGAUCCCGCCGACUAUGAAAACGUAGAACCCAGAGUAGCAGUAGACGACGAAUCGGAACCCGAAGAUCUCUGGGUGAACGGCGUGACGAUGGUGGUAGAGUCCAGACAUGAGUGGAUAGUUAAACACUGCAGGAAAGCCUGGGACGAACCGGCGGGUUAUCGUCCGGAUUUGUACGAGGAUUGGAUAACGGGUAGAAAGAAAGAACUAGAAGACUUAGAACUAAAGUACGGUUCACGGAAAUCUUCCACCACUGAUGAGGGCGACAGCGACAAUCUGACAGCUUCGGACAAGUACAGUGUGGAUUCUGGAGAAAAGAAGUCCUUGGACUAUGCCGGAACCGGGAGAAAACUAUCUAUGGCCUGAUUUCUUGACUUAGAUUAGAUUGUGUAAAUUGUGUAGUAGAAUUUACCCUUAAUAGAAGCCCGAAAGUGAGAA